AUGACGCUAACAUCGAAAAGCGUCACUGCUCUCCAGCCCACUGAUACCGAGGAGAACCCUUACUUCUACACUUUCCGUGUGCAAUGUACCUCCUGCCACGAGACACACCCUAACUGGGUCAGCUUCAACCGCUUUGUAAGUUCUGCGGCUCCUCCAUGCCCAACCUCAUCUCUAACGGGUCAGGAUGUUCACGAAAUCCCCGGCAGUCGCGGGGAGGCCAACUUUGUGUGGAAGUGUCGUCUGUGCACGAAAACCCACACUGCCUCGAUCACUAGUGGACCCAAGGCCUAUGAGGCCCAGGAGAAACAGGGUAGUCAGAAGAUCCUUGAGAUGGACUGUCGUGGUCUGGAGUUUAUUGAGUUCAAGCCUGAUGGUGAAUGGGAGGCCAAGGGUGUUGACUCGACCACUACUUUCACGGGUAUUGACCUGAUUGAAGGCGAGUGGUAUGAUUAUGAUGAGAAGAAGGGUGAGGAAGUCAGCAUCAAGGAGAUUACCUGGACUGUUGGUCGUUAA